UGUUCGCCCGUCGCCCGCCCGCUCCGCGCUGGUGCUAAUGUGCAAAGUUUUGUGUUUUCAUCAACAAAAACAACAACAACGCAAAGAACGCGGCAUAAAAAUCACAGAAAAUUAUUUAAAAAGUGUGUGCAAAUAGACGAGCUAAAGUGGGCGAAUAGCAAGAACAACAACAACCCCUGGAGAAUUAACAGAACGGAAAACAGUUGCCGAGUUGCCCUGAAAUGCCCUUCGUGACGCCCCGUAGCACCACAACAACAACAAAAGGAGCAGCAGCAGCAGCUGGCCCCGGCAGCAGCGGACGCACCACAUUUCGUCCACCAUGGGUGAAAGAGGAUGCGGCCACAAAGCCAGCGACAACGCCCUGGGCCAAAAAGGCAGCAGCCGCCAAGGAGAAUGGCGAAGAGGCAGCGACAGCAGCAACAACGACAAGCAAUAGCAAAGCAAAGGCAGCGCCAGCAACAACAACAGCCAAGAAGACAGCUGAAGAGCCCGUGAAAAAAGCUGCAGCAGCAACAACAACAGCAGCUUGCAAAAAGCAAGCGGAACCCGUGAAAAAAACAGUGCCAGAGCCAGCAAAGAAAUCAGCCGUAGAGCCUGUUAAGAAAGCGUCGGCCAGUUUGGCAACAAAAAAGCCCGCGGCCAAGAAGAAGGAGCCAACGCCGCCGCCCGAAUCCUCCUCCGAGGAAGAAGAAAGCGAAGAGGAGGAGGAGGAAAGUGAAGAAGAAACCGAAACCGAGGAGGAAGCAACCGAAGAAGACGAAGACGAUGAGGAGGAAGAAGAUGACGACGAUGACGACGACGACGACGAAGACGACACCACGCUAGAUGCCAAGCUGCCGGAGCAUGUGAAGAAGGCCGCACAGCUGCGUCCGACGCAGAUCAACAAGAAGCCGGAACCGCAGGAAAGUGAGUUGACACAACGUUUCACCCUAGAGAAACCCAAAUUGCGCAGCGUUGUGGUCAAGCGCGACAAAUCGAUGAAAAAACUGGCGCCCGACGAUGACGAUGAGGCCGUCGAGGGCGAAACGGAGGAGGAGCGCGAGCGUCGUCUGCGCUUCAAGCUGGAGAAGCCGAAGUUGCGGCACGUGAAGCGCGAGGAGAAGCCGUUGCCUAGCAAGAGCACCGAUAAUCUGCUAAAAAUACGACCAGUGCUGAAAAAGGUACCCAAAGUUGAUGAAAUUCUCAAAGAACCCAAAGAAGAACCCAAGCCCGAAUUCAAGACCAAAACCCUGAGGAAAGCGCCCUCAAUAAAACGCGAACCGAGCAUCAAAAAUGUUCCCGCACCGCCGCCGCUGCCCUCGUUGGUGCCAAAGGCGCCGCCACCGCCGCCGCCGCCAUUGACGGCGGGUGAGAAGCGGGUGCUGAGCGAAACGCAAAAGAAAACGAUCGAGAAGCUCAAAACACGACCACGCAGACGUCCCGACUGGUCCGAGAUGAUGAAGGAGGUGGAGAGCGGCAAGAAGCUGCGUCACGUGGCAUGCAACGACAGAUCUCAGCCCAUAUUGACAUGCAAAUCGAUGACCAAAGUGGAUGACAAAUUCAUCUAUGAGACAGAGAAGGAUAAUUCGCAUAAUAAGCUGCUCAAGCAGAUUCAGGGCGGCGUAAGGCUGCGUCCCACACAGACAAACGAUCGCAGCAAGCCGAUAUUGGGGGGUUUGCGCAAGUUCCGCCGCCAGAUGACCAUCGAGGAGCAGCUGCACAAGUCGCAGUCAAAGGUCAAUAUGCUGAGCGAGGCGCCCAGCAGCAAUGCGCUGGGUCCGAACAGUGCCACAGCGCUCGGAGCGGGCAGCUCGAGGCCGAGCAUAGUGUCCACCAUGUCCAUAGACGAGGAGAGUCCUGAUGAGCUGGACGACAUUGACAAGAUACGCGACGAUUUGCAGAGCACCAAGCAAAUGCUGGCCCUUGAGCUGCGCAAUCGUGAGGCCCAGGAGCGGGAGAAUAAAAAGCUCUUGGCCAAAAUACGCACACUCGAGACGGAGCUGGAGCGUGAGAAAUCGCGCGAAAAGAAUCUGGAAUAUGGCUCGAAUGUUAUUGUGGCCACCAUGGAUCCCACGCCCACCUCCGAGCAGGCGUACGUCAAUUCCCUAAAACGUGAAGUCGAGGAUGCGCGCAAGGUGUCCAAGGAGGUGGAAAAGAACUAUCAUGACACAAGCGAGCUGCUUGUCGAGGCGAAAACGGAAAUCGAGGAACAAAAGCGACAGAUACAAUUGCUUGAGCGCAAAUUGGCAGCUGCGCUGCAGGCAAAUACGACUCCAAGCACUAACAGACCGCAUAUUAGUUUUCGCUUUGCUUUCGACGACGACGAGGACGAAGACGAUGAUUACUACGGUGCGAGGGUGACCAAUCACAAGGGCGGCAGCUCAGUGGACGGCUCCAGAAGACCAAGCGAUGCGCAUUUCGGUCGCGACAGCUCCCCUGAACUGGAGCUGGAGAUGAGCGAAAGCGAUCCCGACGAGCCCGAGGAGAAGAAGACAGAACGACGCGAGCGCCGAAUGGGCAAAGAGGUGAAGGUGCUGCGCAGUAAGCUGACCAAGCUGAAGGUCAAGGAGGAGGCCGCCAAGAAGGAGAAGGAUGCACUGAAGCAGGCCAUGAAGAAGAAUCAUGUUAUACUCAAAGAGGAGAACAAAAAGUUCAAAAAGCUGGAGAAGGAGGUGCAAAAGAUGGCUGCAUCGAUGAAGUUGGACGAAGACGAAGUCGAUGCCGAGGACAAGGAUGAUGAAGAGGCAGCCGAAGAGGAGCACGAGGAAGAAGAGGCAGAGUCCGAGGAGGAGUCAGACGAAUCGGAAUCUGAAGAAAGCGAAGAGGAAUCGGGCAGCGAAUCCGAAGCGGAAGAUGCCGCCAAUUCCGCCAAGAAAUGCAAUUUGGAGCCGCGCGUGAAGAAGCACGAGAGUCGCUUUGCGGCAAUGAAGAAAUGCAAUGUGCUGCUGCAGGCAAAUGUGGACAAUUUGCAGGAUCAAAUUUCACAGGUGCGCUCCAGGGCCACCAAUCUGCAGGACGAACUGGAUGCGGUAAUUGCCGAUUUGGGUUUCUAGGCGCAUUAAUCACAACAACAAAAACAGCUGCUGCUCCCCAGUAAAAAAAGAAUCGAAUGUACAACGUGUUUGUUUACUGUUUGCGUAGUGUUCCUUUUUUCAAUGUAUUUAAAUAUAAUUAUAUUAUCGACAUAUGUAAGUUCAA